AAUUUUUGUGUCUAAUUUCACCGACUUAUUGAGGCCAAAAUGGCGACAACUUUCAAGCAAGACAUGCCGCCGAAAGGCGGCUAUAGCAACAUAGAUUACAAACGGAUGUUGCCCAAACGAGGCUAUUCAGGAUACACGAUGUUUGCUGGUAUGGCUGGAAUAAUGACCUUUGGCAUGGUCACCCUGGCGAUGAGCAAUAAACAAAAGAGGAAAUGGAUCCAAGAAGAUCGUGAAUCCAUACUGGGAAUUAUGCCUCUCAUUUGUGCAGAAAAGGACAGAGAGAUGCUUCUGAGGCUACAGUACAACAGGGAGCAGGAGGAGGAGAUCAUGAAAGAUGUACCAGGCUGGACGGUCGGUGAAGGCGUCUUCAACUCCAAGAGAUGGUUUGAACCAGGUCUCCUCGACCUCUACUACCUGGAGCCCUCCAAGGAGAGGAAUAAGCUAGUCAUGGGCUUCAACACCUUUACUGGAUCAUAAACAUUUGUUUUAUUCUUACGAGGGGACCAGUCACUGAAAAUUGAUGGGUACAGAUAAUAUCGAGGGUUCAGUGAUACAAAGACGUAACUCCAUUUUG